CUGCACUACGGGACCCUCCUGGGCAGCAGAGCUUGUGCCCACAUGGCAGCAGCUGCCUGGGCCAGUGCCUUUCUCUAUGCUCUGCUGCAAACAGCCAAUACAUUUUCCCUGCCCCUGUGCAAGGGCAAUGCCCUGGGCCAGUUCUUCUGUGAAAUCCCACAGAUCCUCAAGCUCUCCUGCUCACAGUCUACCUUCAGAAAAAUUUGGAUUUCAUUGGUUGCUGUCUGUUUAGCUUCUGGCUGCUUUGUGUUCAUUGUUUUCUCCUAUGUGCAGAUCUUCAGGGCUGUGCUGAGGAUCCCCUCUGCGCAGGGACGGCACAAAGCCUUUUCCACCUGCCUCCCUCACCUGGCCGUGCUCUCCCUGUUUCUCAGCACUGGCUUUUUAGCCUACCUGAAGCCCCCCUCCAUGUCCUUCCCAUCCCUGGAUCUGGCCCUGUCAGUUCUGUACUCAGUGGUGCCUCCAGCCCUGAACCCCCUCAUCUACAGCCUGAGGAACGAGGAGCUCAAGGCUUCCAUGAGGGCACUGUUGUCUGGACGCUUUCAGAAACAUUAA